AUGUCGGAUUUAGAAGAUCAUGGGGGCCAUCAGGAUGAGGAGGAUGAGGAGCAGGGAGAGGGAGAAGAACGCCCCAAAUACAAGCCAGUCACACAGCUCGCUGCCCCCAAAAUCCCUGAGGGGGAGAGGGUUGACUUUGAUGUAUGUUCCUGUCAGGAUAUCCACAGGAAAAGGAUGGAGAAAGAUCUUCUGGAGCUGCAGACUCUGAUUGAUGUCCAUUUUGAGCAGAGGAAGAAAGAGGAACAGGAGCUGAUUGGACUCAAAGACAGGAUUGAGAGCCGCCGGGCAGAAAGAGCUGAGCAGCAGCGUGUGAGGGCCGAAAAAGAGCGAGAUAGACAGACACGGAUAGCGGAGGAGAGACAGAGGAAGGAGGAUGAGGAGGCGAAAAAGAGAGCGGAUGAUGAGGCCAAGAAGAAGAAAGUGCUCUCCAACAUGGGGGCUCAUUUUGGAGGGUUCCUGGCCAAGGCAGAGCAGAGACGAGGCAAAAAGCAAACUGCGAGGGAAAUCAAGAAGAAGACUCUGGCAGAGAGACGCAAGCCACUGGCUAUCGAGACCCUGAGAGAGGACGGCCUGAGAGAGAGAGCUAAGGAGAUGUGGGAAUGCAUCUACCAGCUGGAGUCAGAGAAAUUUGACCUGACAGAGAAGAUGAGGAGGCAGAAGUAUGAGAUCAACGUUCUCCUGAACAGAAUCCAACAUGCUCAGAAAUUCAAAAAGGUCCAUGGGAAGGGGAAGGUCGGAGGACGAUGGAAGUGAACUUACACAAGAGGCACA